CGCGCUGCGGGCUCCGGGGCCUCCCGGCCUGAGGGAGAGGAGCCGGGAAGAUGGCGGCUGUGGUGGAGAAUGUAGUGAAGCUAUUUCGAGCAAAGUUAAAGUUAACGGUGGUUGAGGACAAGUGGACUGACCUAUGGCUGCUUCCUGUGAGUCAAAGGACACUUGGAUGUGUGGGGAUUGAUGUAGUUCGCCUCCUCCCUCCUCGAAACGGAAGCCCUCCUUGGGGAGCAAUACUACAAAGAUGCCAUGGAGCAGUGCCACAAUUACAACGCCCGCCUGUGUGCCGAGCGCAGCGUGCGCUUGCCUUUCCUGGACUCUCAGACUGGAGUAGCCCAGAGCAACUGUUACAUCUGGAUGGAAAAGCGACACCGUGGUCCAGGAUUGGCCUCUGGACAGCUAUAUUCCUACCCUGCCCGGCGCUGGCGAAAAAAGCGACGAGCCCACCCACCUGAAGAUCCCCGGCUUUCCUUCCCAUCUAUUAAACCAGACACAGACCAGACCCUGAAGAAGGAGGGGCUCAUCUCUCAGGAUGGCAGCAGUUUAGAGGCUCUGUUGCGCACCGACCCCCUGGAGAAGCGAGGUGCCCCGGAUCCCCGAGUUGAUGAUGACAGCCUGGGAGAGUUUCCUGUGACCAAUAGUCGAGCACGGAAGCGGAUUCUUGAGCCCGAUGACUUCCUGGAUGACCUUGAUGAUGAGGACUAUGAAGAGGAUACCCCCAAGCGCCGGGGCAAGGGGAAGUCCAAGGGUAAGGGUGUGGGCAGUGCCCGGAAGAAGCUGGAUGCUUCCAUCCUGGAGGACCGGGACAAGCCGUAUGCCUGUGACAUUUGUGGAAAACGCUAUAAGAACCGACCCGGCCUCAGUUACCACUAUGCCCACUCCCACCUGGCUGAGGAAGAGGGCGAGGACAAGGAAGACUCCCAGCCACCCACCCCCGUUUCCCAGAGGUCUGAGGAGCAGAAAUCCAAGAAGGGUCCUGAUGGAUUGGCCUUGCCCAAUAACUACUGCGACUUCUGCCUGGGGGACUCAAAGAUCAACAAGAAGACAGGACAGCCCGAAGAGCUGGUGUCCUGUUCUGACUGUGGCCGCUCAGGGCAUCCUUCCUGCCUCCAGUUCACCCCUGUGAUGAUGGCAGCUGUGAAAACCUACCGUUGGCAGUGCAUCGAGUGCAAGUGCUGCAACCUCUGCGGCACCUCGGAGAACGACGACCAGCUGCUCUUCUGUGAUGACUGCGACCGUGGCUACCACAUGUACUGUCUUACCCCAUCCAUGUCUGAGCCUCCUGAAGGAAGCUGGAGCUGCCACCUGUGUCUGGACCUGUUGAAGGAGAAAGCUUCCAUCUACCAGAACCAGAACUCCUCCUGAUGUGCCACCCAGCUCCCCCACAUUUCUGAAGAUGUUUUUCUCCUCCACCUUGGUUUUCAUAACCCCCUUCCCUUCCUCCCCUCUUUCACAAGUCCAGAACCUCGGGUGGUCAUGCCAACCUGCCUUUGGCAACAGCAAGUGGAGGUGGCAGCGCUGACCACCUCUGGCCCCAGGCCCUCAGGGAGAAAGGAGCAGCAUGCUACCCCAGGGCAGAUUUAUGGGCCCCGCUUCUCUGUGUUCUCCAUGAAGUGCAUUCACUCUGCUUGCCUUGGGCCCAGGCCCUGGUGAUCACAGGGUUCAAAUGAUGUUUCAAGUAGAGAGGAGCUCAAUUCUUUUGGCCCUGGCUGACUCCCUGCUCUGGUCUCCAGGGUUCCUUCCCCACGAUGCUAGCCUGACCAGUCCUCUGCUGGGAGCAGCUGGGAGUGAACAAGCUGAGGCUGCCCUCACAGGAGCUUUCCAUGCCCCUUGUGCUGCUGUACCUUGCCUCUUCAGCGCCCCCCGCCCCCCACUCCUACGAUCCUCUGUCCUGCUAACAGGGCCCCUUGCCUAAGCCAGGAUGUUCUUGGUCACUCGGCUGGCUCUACCCUGUCCCACUGCACCCCACACAGGGAACUAGCAGCUACCCCUGUCCUUCCUGUGCUUGGCUGGCUCACUCACGGGUGGUCUCUGGUGACCCAAGCCUUCCCUACCUUUUCCCCAUCUUCUGCCUCCCUCCUUGUUCUCUUUGGUUUUGUGGGGAAAGGGGAUGUGCCAGGGUGCCAGGCCAGCAGCUUGGGGGCCACAAGGAGAUGUUGGAUAAUGUGCCUGUUUUUUAACUCGAUAAAAAGCCUACCUCCAAAAUCCCCUCUUUUUUUUCUUUUCUUUUCUUUUUUUUUUUUUUCCUUCCUGGACCUGGGCAUUCAGCCUCUUGCCCUUAACUAGAUUGGGAGCCUCCGCCUCCUGCCUGUGUAUGAUAGUUCCCAGGUCACAGGGGUGCCGCAUAGAUGUUCCCUUCCCUUGCACGCUCACUAGCAGCUGAUAAGGUCUUCACACCCUGAUUCCUUGGUUUUCUGCUUAGUGGCACUGACAUUAAGUAGGAGGGACAGCCAUGCCAAGACACUCUGGACUGGCCUUCCUCCUUCAUUGCGGGCAGGCCCUAACUCACCGUCACUUUGGAGUUGAGGUGUCUUCCCCCUCCCCCUUUAGUUCCUGUAUUCUAAACAUCUAAACAUUAGUUUAAAAAAAUAAACAUUUUUACACACAG